AUGGCAAACUCGCAAAAACACGACCAAGAGGUGGACGAAUCCCAUAGUUAUCAUGACGAAGAGCCCCAAAAGAAUCAGACCGAUCACAAGUUAGUCGAUAAAGAAGUCGCCAAAUAUGCUACCGACACAGCCAUUCACAUUGAUGAGGCAACGAACAAGCGACUGAGGCGGAAUAUUCACAAGCGGAUCUUGGUGGUGAUGAUGGUGACAUACCUCAUUCAGACUCUUGACAAAGGAGCAAUGUCUUUUGCCUCGAUUAUGGGCAUUGUGGAAGAUGCGAAUCUGGCAGGCAAUCAAGAAAACUGGAUCAUCCAGCGUGUUCCCAUUGCAAAAUGGCUUUCGGCAAACAUCUUUCUAUGGGGCGUCUGCAUCACACUCAUUUCGGCCAUGAAGAAUUUCACGGGUCUUGUCAUUCUGCGAGCAUUCAUGGGUGCCUUUGAGGCUGCCUGUCAGCCAACCUUUGUGAUUCUGUCUGCAACAUGGUAUCGUCGCGAAGAGCAAGGAAGUGUCAUUAACUUAUGGUACAUGAUGAAUGGUCUUCAGAAUGUUGUCGGUGGCCUCCUAGCCUUCGGUUUUUCUUUUGUGCCCCGCAGCUCUCCGCUGAAGUCAUGGGAAGCCAUGUUUAUGACAUACGGUCUCUUAACUGUCAUUUGGGCGGUCUUUGUGUAUUUCUGGAUGCCGGACUCUCCCAUGAGGGCGAAGUGCUGGACUGAAGAGGAUAAGCAGUUGAUGGUUGAGCGAGUGCGUCAAAACCAAACCGGUCUGCAGAAUCGAAGCUUCAGAAAGGAGCAGGUCUGGGAUGCCCUGACUGAUCCGCAAUUGUAUGCCUUUGUGCUCAUCCAGCUUCUCACGACAAUUCCCUCCGGAGGAAUCGGCGCUUAUGCAAACAUCAUUUUGAAAUCGUUCGAUUUCAGCACUUGGGAAGCGCAACUGCUAUCCAUGGUCAUUGGCGCAGUAACAACAAUUACCAUGUUGGUGUCAGCCUAUCUCGAUCGCAAAUUCCACCAGACCAUCUGGAUCAUGAUCGGCUCUGUUGUGCCAUCCAUUCUAGGCUGCUCAAUUCUCAUUGGCAUUCCCUUCUCCCCUAGCAAGCGUGUUGGCAUGCUUAUAGCAUACUGGAUCUUCUAUUCGUUCUUCGCCGUCUCUUCACUCUCCUUGGCAUUACUGUCGCGCAAUGUCGCCGGGCAGACCAAGAAGUCCAUUAUCAUCUCCUGCAACUUUGUCUUCUGGGCUGCCGGUAAUGCGGUUGGUCCCCAGGUCUUCCGCGACAAAGAUGCCCCGCGGUACUACCUCGCGUUUUCCAUUCUGAUUGGAUGCUUUGGUCUCGUGGUGAUCAUCCUAUUCGCACUUCGACUGUGGUAUAGUCUUCAAAAUCGCAAGAGAGAUGCAAAGAUUGCAUCUGGAGAAGUUGUUCCCGAUGUCAACUUCACUCAUGCCUUUGAGGAUAUCACCGACCGGCAGAAUCCUCAUUUCCGUUAUGUUUACUGA